CUCCUGUAGUUUUCUGACGGUUUGUUGUUAGUUUUGGAUUUAUUUUCGCUUUUGGGUCAGCACGUUGGUGGUAGACGCGGCUGGUAAAUAUUGACCUCACCGCUAAACCAAACUUGUAAAAAUAUGUUUAUAACUUUCUUUCCCGGAAGAGUUUUGUUGGCGUGGGUUUUCUUUAGCUAAACGUUGUUUUGCUAAUUAGCUAAAAAAAAAAAAAGAUAUGCUAGGUGGAAUACUUUAAAACUUUUUAAAGUAUUUUGUUCUAAAUUGAGCUGAUUUUUACGAUCUGAUUUGUUGAAAACCUUUUUAUUAAAUUUAAACACUAAAAGUUCCAAUUUAUAUUUCUUAAAACCUAAGCUAGCUAUGUACUACAUCCAUAUGUAAACUGGACUAAAUUACCUAAAAAAAAUAAAGAAAAUGACGACUUUUUCGUGUUUAUAACAAUUUAACUAACACAAACACAUUAUUAAACAAUGUCAACAUGAUUUAUAUUGAGUUUUUUUCUUUUAAAACAAUGUAAAUUGUUCCUAAAGUGACGUUAGGUAUCGAGCACUGGGGGGGUCAUACGGUGCAUUCGAAGGCGGAUGCAUUGCAGGUGGAAGUUUGAGGCCUUUUUGGUCUUGAGACUGACAGAGAAGAGCCGAACCGUGGUGGCGUCACCCUGUUUGACCUGUUCGGGAGCUCAUUGUUGCAACGAGGCAGCGUGUUGGCAGCACACUAACUAACGUGCAGCAGGGCAGGGAGGGAGUGUCAGGCCCACCGGACUUUGAUCAGAUCAGACUGCAGGGAUCACAACCCCUCUCUCUUUUAUGUUAAAUCUAGCGUGGCCACAAUGCCAGUUGAAAGAAUGCGGAUGCGGCCGUGGCUGGAGGAACAGAUCAACUCCUGUCAGAUCCCGGGGCUGAAAUGGGUGAACAAAGAGAAAAGGAUCUUUCAGAUCCCGUGGAUGCAUGCUGCUCGCCACGGCUGGGACCUGGAGAAAGAUGCUCCGCUCUUCAUGCGAUGGGCCAUACACACUGGUAAAUACCAACCCGGUAUCAACCGUCCGGAUCCAAAGACGUGGAAGGCCAACUUCCGCUGUGCCAUGAACAGCCUGCCAGACAUCCAGGAAGUGAAGGAUAAAAGCAUAAAAAAGGGAACGAACGCCUUCCGAGUUUAUAAAAUGCUCUCGUAUGCAGAGAGAAACCUAAAGAAAGGAAAGAAGAAGACGGAUAAGGAGGGAAAGCCAAAGGCAUCUUCUCCGUAUCCAGAUGGAACAAACCAUGAAACAUACGCUAGGCUUGCAGACUCCAUCAAGAAGGAAGAGAUGAUUGACGGUCCCUCAGAAAUUCACAGUCCAGCGGACGACCAUUUGGUCAACAGCGAGCAGCUGCCCUACGUCUGUCAGACGAUAGAGGUGACCACCGAGAACGAGGAGCAGACCGUCAGCUCCUCCCACUCGUACCCGCUCCAGAUCUCCCCUGUGUCCUCAUGCUGCGGCAGCGACACAGAAAGUGAUACCGAGGACAUCAAAGAGAGCGGCGAUCCGGCCUGGAAGCGAGACGGUGGCGGCGGCUCGUCGGUUCUCAGGAUCCCCUCGUGUUCCCUCCCGGGGAUGGUGACUUUCGUGAAUCCCAACAAGGCCAACUUCAGGAUAACCAGCACCAGGGACCCCAGGCCGCUCAUCAGCUACCACAUCGACGGAUGGACCCCCACCUACAGCCAAAACGCCCUCACACCCACCUCCAGCAGCCACAGCCACGAGAUGCGUGCCAGCGUUAUUAGGAAAACAUCUGACAUCACCUCCUCCUCCUGACCUCCAGUGUCUCAGAGGCAUCAUGAUUUAAAGGCGUGACCGCCCCCGGGGGCAACGGGAUGACAGAACUAGUGGCUUGUCCAUCAAAACAGAAGAAAGGGGUGAAAACUUCCAAACUUUUCAUUUUUCUCUCCUCUUUUUGUCCAACAUCUGUCUGGGUCAUCCGCCUUCUCCUGUCUUUUCUAGCUGUUGUGUUCCACUACGUGGUGAAAGGUAAAGGACGCCUACACAUCCAUGUGGCACCGGCACAUCACUUCACCUCACUGCCAUGAACACCUGGUGUUUUUAGCAGCUUCAAGUUCUCACCAUCGUUCACUUUAUGGAUCGAUUGUCUAUCGGCUGCAAAAAACAUUUUAAAUCUAAGAUUACCUUUUUUUAAAUUUCAACUACAGACCAAGUGGGGGGAAAAUAGUAAAAAAAAAACACGCAGUUUCUGUCUUAAUUCAUAAAGCUUCAGGUUUGAGUCUCACCUACCGGAACAGUGUGUAACAAUUACCGCCACCUAGUGGCGGAUUUAGCACGAGGCUUUAGUCUGUAGUGCUGUUUGGAAGUGGAUGCAGAAGUGAAAGAGAUUCUGAAACCCGGUCGUUUUCUAAAUGUUCCUGCUCGACGCACAACUCCGCCUUUGUAAUCAGAUUUGGAUGCUUUCAGAUCACAAAACGCUUGCAGAUAGAAGAAACUAUGAAACUAAAUCUAUGCACAUGAUGCUAACGUGAAUUAGCUGUUCAAAAAAACUGAUUGUGGACGUUUGUUUAGAUAAUAUAUUUGAUCAUGUGUACCCCUAUUGCUGCGUUAUAGCUGCUAAAGAAACGACGAUUUGUUUGUUGUGUAAAUUAUGAAGCGUGUGUUCCAAUAUUGUGGGAUUCCUGUGAUCAGUUGUGUGACUUUGUUGUGGUUGUUACAUGCUGUUCCUUCAGCGGCUGUGGUAAAGGAUUUACCGGGGACACAUGGAUGUGACGACAAGGAAGUAAUCUCUGCUCAUAAACUGCAGACAUGACAGGCAGAGCGGCUUCAUGGUGGCAAAUCAUGGCAGGUCUUUACUUUGUGGCUUUAAAGUAACUACAAUGAAGAGUUGGCUUUUGUGUGUGGAGACCUCAGGAUGCUUCACUUAUCAGAAUGACAGACUUACAGAAGUGUAAUCGGGGGUGGGGGGGUCCAAAUUCGAGGGCUGCGUCCUUCAAUGGCCGCGUUGACCGGGUCCUUCGUGGAGCGGGGAGGCCGUAUGUGAACGGCUGUGAAUUUGGACGAGUCUAGCCUUUUAGAUAGAUAAUUCCAGCCGUUACAUCUGUGAAUGUCCUGUCGCCUAGCAACCGUCAGUCCCAAACAGAGAGGAGUAGUGAUCCAACUUUUUAUCUAGGAGGUGUAAUUAUAAAAAGCUGUAAUUAUCUCCAACUCCUGGUCCCACCUUACAGUCCACCAUUGUUGUCAGAAAAUCCGAGUUCGGCCGCGAUGCAUCUUGGGAUGUGGACAGCAUAGCAGGAUACACCAGACUAAUCCUUGAAACCGGGGACCAAAAAGGCCGUAUUCGUUGGCCGCAUUCAGAGGAGUCGUUGAAUUUGGACAGCACUUGUUUCGGCGCGGCGCUGUGACGUAAGCAGCCUUCAAACGCAGCCCCGGAAGAUCUCAGCCCUCCGACGCGGACACCGCCCGUGUCUCCCUCCACCUGCACCCUCUACAUCCACUGUCUUAGUAGCCUUUGUGAUUGAGAGAGGAGAUCACGGCCUCACUGACGUGCCUUUUUAACGCGCCUCUAACUCUGUGCUUUGGUCCGCUAACCAUGCCGGCUUCAUGUGAGAUGUUCAUCUGUAAAACUAAAUGUGAGUCUUGUUGCUUUUAUUACCAGGGAGAGGGAAGUGUGUGGGUUCUGCUUCAAGCAAAGGUUUUUUUUUGUCGUUUUUGUUUUUUCUGGUUCUUAUUGUGAGUGGAACUUUUUAAACGCAGGAAAGAACGGACGUCUUUAUGUCUAGUAAAGUUCGCUGGAGGCUAGCAGGCUAAAGCACGGCGAGCUGGACUCCAGUAGGAACACCUCAAAGACUUUCCUGAAGGACAAGCAGGAGUCUGCCUCGACUGAAGCUUCCUCCAGAACCAAACACUGGACCCCCACUGGAUCCAAGGGGCUCGCUUUAGCCGCUCACCACAAACCACGCAGUCUGGAUUCCUUCUUCUCUUGUGGUUUCAUCGUAUGUUUUUGAGGCUGGAUUACAUUAAGAUAUUUAAUUUGGUAUCUAUAAACAGCCAUUACAAUCAAGUCUCUUAUUUAAAUCGGUUGAAAUGUUUUUCAUUCUCAGCUGGUGACAUUACCAGGUAAUGUUUGUGACGUCGUGAUUUGAACGAUCUGUGGUUUUUUAGGUUCAGGCUGAUGAGGGGUUCGUGACGGUCCAACACUGAAGUGUUCAGCCUUUUUCAACGGACGCUUUGUCUCUGCUCUGUUUAUCUCUGUGAAAUGUCAUUGCAAGUGAAAGUUACUAGCAAAGUUGUAAAAUUCAAGUCAUCAAAGUCGGUCUACGGACGAGGUCAUCAUUGUGCUGAAAAAACCACAUGUCAAUCAGCCGAAAUAAAAUGUUUUUUGUAUUUAUGUUAGA